AUGUGGAAGAAGGCAAUCAAGGCACAGCUAGUAUUAAUAGCUUUUAUAGUGAUAUUUGGGAAAGUAAAUGCAUCAGUAGUAGGGGAUGCAUUGGAAAACAUAAUCGAUGAAGAACAAGCAAGUGAGAAGACAAAAAUAGACUUCCAGAAUAUUGGACUCUCAAAUUCAACAGACGUAACAGCUGAUGAACUCAAAUCACAAGGAGAUGAAAUGAUAAAUGAAGUAAAGAAAACCAUAGAUGAAGCAGAAGGCACUCCAACUGAAGUGAAAGAAGAAAAUAAAAAGAAGAGAAAUAAGCACUCAAGUAGAAGAACAGAAAGAAGACAAAAACCCAAAGAAAAAAGAUCACAUAAGAAGAGAACUCGAUCACAGAGCAAAGAUAAGACAAAUGCAUCAGUAGAGAAUAUUUCACCAGUAUUUGAAGGACUACAUGCAGAGAAAGAAAACCAGAUUGAAACACUAGGGCAUGCAGGAGCACAGACAGAAGUAGAAGGCAUGAGACAUGCAGGAACACAGACAGAAGAACAAGUCCAUGAAGAGAAGCCAGAAGAAAAUCAAGUAGACGCAGAUAACAUGCACGUUGGUGAAGAAGAGAAAUUCAAUGAGACAGUGGAGACUGCAGGAGAAGACAAAUUCAAUGAGACAAUGGACACUGCAGGAGAGACUAUGAACACUGUUGGUGGAGAAGAAUUCAAUGAGACUGUGAACACUGUAGGUGAUGAUAUAAAGGAGAAUUUACACACUGGUGAAGAGAAUAUGCAAGCUGCAGGAGACAAAUUCAAUGAGACUAUGAACACUGCAGAAGAGACUGUGGACACCGCAGGUGAUGAUCUGAAGGGUCAAGUAGAAGCAAUGCACAUCCUAGGAGAAGAAAUGAACCAGGAUAUGCACACUGCAGGUGAUGACCUAAAGGAGACAGUGGACAUUGGAGAAGCAGAAAUGAAGGAGGACAUGAAAAAAGAAGAUGAGAAAUAUGCAGAGACAUUGAAGGAUCUAACAAAAACAGUAGAAGGACCACUGCACACUGAAGAAGAUGUAUUUCAUACGCCAAAGGAAUUUGCAAUUGGGGAUUCAGGUGUAGAUGCAGAUAAAGAGAUUGAGCAGAUGGUGUAA